AAACAAUUAAACUUAGAGAGCAACACAGCACGCCCCCUCCCUCCCCCUUUCUCUCUUUUUCUUUCUCUCUCUCAAGCAAUGGCGGGAAAGUCUAUCACCGGCGACGGAUUAACUGAUAACCUUGCCGGGAUGACGAAAAAUCAGCUCUAUGACAUUAUGUCUCAGAUGAAGACAUUAAUCGAGCAGAACAAGCAACAAGCAAGAGAGAUUCUCAUCCAGAACCCUCUUUUGACUAAGGCACUUUUUCAGGCACAGAUUAUGCUUGGAAUGGUGCAGCCUCCUCAAGUGAUUCCAAAUAUCCAACCGGCAGCACCACAACAACCUCAGCAAUCAUCACAACCACCUCAACAGUCAAACAUUCAGGCUACACAACCGUUACCUGGACAAGUUGCUUUACAGGAACAAACAGUUGCAUCUCAGACCCAACCACCAAUGAGAAAGCAACACCAGAAUCAACCUUCAAUGCCAAUGCCGUCUACUUCAGCUCCUCCAAGUCAUCAGUCUCAGCCUAUGCCUUCACACCCUCUACAGACACCACAGUUGCCCAAAGGACAUCUGAAUCCACAAGUGACGCCAAUCCCUGUUCCACAAUCCUCUCAACUUCCAAAUGUAGCUCCACCUCUUCAUUCUGCUCAACAGCAACCGCCACUUCAUCAACCCCAAAUGUCCACAGUCUCUACUCAGUUGCAACAGCCGUUGCAGACAACUGGAAUUCAUCAUAUGCCAUUACAACAGCCAUUGCCACCACAAGCUAGAGUAUCUUCUGUUCCGAGCUUUCAUCAUCAAUAUGGACCGCAAAUGGGACCCAAUGUUGGUUUCCAACAUUCUGGUGCUCAUCAACAUCCUUCACAACCUAUGUUUCAUUCUAGUAACAAACCUCAACCUAGCAUGGGACCAUCAUUUCCACAGGGACAGCUACCUAUUCCAAGUCAGUUACCACCACUAUAUCAGGCUGGAGGUUCGCACAUUGGGGAUGAGUUCAACAAUCAAGCGGGAAACGCAAUGCAAAUUGAUAGAGCAUCUUCCUGGAUGUCAGGCCCACCUGAAAGCUCGAUAAAUGACACAUAUUUCAAGGUACCACCACAUCGGUGCCUGUUUUACCAUAUGCCUAGUCGCACUGCAGGAUUGACGCCUGAGAUGGAGAAAGCACUGCUUCAGCAGGUCAUGAGCCUCACACCAGAACAGAUUAAUCUCCUCCCUCCUGAGCAGCGGAACCAAGUGCUUCAGCUACAGCAAAUGCUACGCCAAUGAAAUUAAUCGGUUAUUUCUUUGAAUUGACAGUGACAGUUCUUACAGUAUUUUAUAAGGUCAUCUCAGAUAACGAUUGCUUGCAAGUGAAGACAUCAUACAGGAACUGAAGCAUUUGAGGAUAGUUAAUAGUACCAGUUUUGGCUGUGAUAAUUGUAUUGUUUUUCUUUCACAGUUGAAAUCAUCCACAUAUGGCAGUGUUUGUAUUCUUCCUAUUUCCAGUCUUUGGAUAUUUUAUUCAUGUAGCACCGCUUGAUAGGGAGCUAAAUAUCUAUACAGAUUAUUAAAUUCAAGCUUCAAAAAGGUGGGUUGAUUUCUUUUUAAA